AUGAACAGGAGUAUACCAGAGGAAGAUGAUGAGUCUAUGUAUCCAGUUAUGGAUCCACGACACUUAAGAUACAAUUCAGAGCUCAGCUUCAGAGGAGCUGAAGGAGGGUUGAGCCCAUCUCCCAGUUAUAUUCCCCAGCGCCAGCUUCCGUACCUUAAAAGCGACGACACUGGCUAUGCAUCCAGUAUUCCAGAUAUAUCAGACACAGAAUCCUUAGAAGGACCACGAACGCUUAGGUCAUAUCUCACUCCUGAAGAGCAAAUGAACCAUUCUUUGUUUAGACAAAUGCACCAAGAUGGGAGACUACUACAGUGUGGACCAUGUAUUCGCUUUCCCAUUCAACAUCCUCUUGUGUGCCAACCACAGCUGCAACCAAACUGGUGCGGUCAAAAUCAGGAAUUUGCAGUACCCACUCCUUGCAACCCUCAGGGUAUUGAUAGGCGUGCUCAUUACCAAAGACCUCAAGUGGGCAUGCCACCUUUUGGUCCUCCUCCAGAAAUGGGAACAGGAUUUAAAACAAGUAAUUUACCAUCAGAUCAACGGCGAGUUUUUCAUAACAUAUUCUUUGGAUGCGGCACCCCUAGUUAUACAACUAGCAAAUCUUCUCUGCGCUAAUGGAUUCAAAGCGACAAUUGACAUUUUUGAAGGAUCACUCCGGGGGAUGGACAUCAUUAGGUGGAUGGAACGUUAUCUCAGUGAUAUAGGUGUCAUGAUCAUCAUAGCAAUAAGCCCACAGUACAAGAAAGAUGUAGAAGAGGAUGUAGGUCAGGGAGAUGACCAUGGUCUACACACACGAUACAUCCACAGAAUGAUGCAGAUGGAAUUCAUUAAACAAGGAAGUAUGAACUUUAGGUUCAUCCCUGUUCUUUUUCCAAAUGCAACAAAGGAACAUGUACCCAACUGGCUCAGAAACACCCACAUUUUCCGUUGGCCAGAAGAUACAGGGAGGCUUUUCUUCGCUUGCUUCGGGAGGAAGAAUACAUUAGUGCCCCUGUUGGAGAAUUGCCAAUGCUGCAAGUGAAAAACUAUCUGCUAGGAAGCAGCUGCAGGACUUAA